AUGUUUCGACUGUCAAGACAGACAUUUCAAAUCCUCUCUUCAUAUCUAGAGGAAGUUCCAGAGAUGAAGAAAGACGGUAAUGGUGGUAAAGAACGAAUGUCUCCACAAAAAGAUAUUUUAACCACAUUAUGGUACCUAGGGACUCUCGACAGCAUUGACAGGAUAGCAGACCGUUUUGGCAUUUCGCCAUCCUCGGUAAUCAGGGCUAGAGACCGAGUUAUGAAUUCAAUUCUAACUCAUCUCAAGUCAAAAUUUAUAAAAUGGCCCAAUCCCAGUGAAUUAAACCAAAUCGCAAACAAUUUCCAGCAAAAGAACGGAUUUCCAGGGAUUGCUGGUGCAUUAGAUGGGACUCAUAUUAGAAUAGCAAAACCAACAAACCAUGGAGAUUCAUACAUCAAUAGGAAGGGAUUUCCUUCCUUGCAGUUACAAGCGGUAUGCAAGGAAGACAUGAUGUUUACUCAUGUAUUUACCGGAUUUCCAGGAAGCUGUCACGACGCAAGAGUUCUUAGGAAUUCCGAUUUAUGGGAAAAUGGAUUACAAAUGAUUCCAUAUAUAUACCAUAUCAUAGCUGACGCAGCCUAUCCACUAAGAAUAUGGCUACUCACUCCCUACCGAGACAAUGGUCACCUGACACACGAGCAACGCCGCUAUAACAACUAA